AUGUUCAAAUCGAAGACAAGCACUUUAAGUUAUAAUGGAACAUUGAACUCCGAUAUAAGUGAUCACGAUACAGGCCCAAUAAAUCCUAAAGAAACGAGCAAAGUAAAGUAUUUGAACGUACCAGAAGACCGAAAUCGACAUUCUUCUAUUGGGAGUUCGAAGAGAAGCUUUACUAAGUAUGAUGGAGAGUAUUCUGCUGAUAUAAUUCCCGCUCAGUUAAAAUUUGUCGAUAAUGUAGACUACAGCGCAAGACUGAGAAGAACCUUUCGCAGAAACUCAGUAAUCUCAAACGGAUACAAUAAUCUCAGUGAGAACGACCGAUGGUAUUUUGAUCUAUUUGAUAGGGAAUAUUUUGAAAACUAUCUCGAAGAACCUGCAUAUAUUAAAAUAUUCAAAAGAAAAGAAGAUUUAGAGCAGUUUGAUAGGAUGUUCCUGGCUCAAGAGUUGAAAAUCCCUGAUACUUACCAAGGAGAAACUUCAGCCGCGAACGCUGACCUUUUCAGGAAUUCAAUAUGCUGCUGUACAUUCAGUCACGAUGGUAAGUAUAUGGUUAUUGGCUGCAAAGAUGGUGCUUUACAUCUUUGGAAGGUCAUAAACUCGCCAGUAAAGAGAUCGGAAAUGGGGAGAUCAGAAAAAUCAGUUAGUGCAACCAGAGCUAACUCGCUUAAAAUAAAAAGACAUUUGGCAAGCAUUAGUUCUCACAACAAUUCCAUAUCAAGUAAUGACAUAAGAUCAAACGACCAUUUUGAAAGAACUUCGAGACAGUUACAUUUAUACGCUCCCGUCUUUUAUUCUGAUGUGUUUAGGGUCUUCACGGAACAUGCUUUAGAUAUCUUGGAUGCAAACUGGUCCAAAAACGGAUUUCUAAUAACGGCCUCGAUGGACAAAACUGCAAAACUAUGGCAUCCUGAGAGAAAAAGCUCUUUGAAAACAUUUGUUCAUCCAGAUUUUGUCACUUCCGCAGUUUUUUUCCCCAGCGACGAUCGUUUUAUAAUAACAGGAUGCUUAGACCACAGGUGCAGAUUAUGGUCUAUACUGGACAAUGAAGUUUCCUAUGCAUUCGAUUGUAAAGAUUUGAUAACAUCCUUGACACUAUCUCCCCCCGAUGGAGAAUAUACAAUUAUUGGUACAUUUAAUGGUUACAUUUAUGUUUUAUUGACACAUGGAUUGAAGUUUGUUUCUUCAUUUCAUGUAGUCGAUAAAAACACUCAGGGAUGCACUAAUAAUAGCUUUCACCCCUCCCCUGAAUAUGGAAAAGCCCAUCAUGGGCCCCGAAUUACUGGCUUACAAUGUUUCUUUUCUGAGGUGGGCAAAAAUUUAAGAUUGAUAGUUACUACAAAUGAUUCGAAAAUCCAAGUCUUUGAUCUGAAUGAAAAAAAACCUCUAGAAAUAUUCAAAGGAUUUCAGAGUGGUUCGUCACGUCAUAAAGGCCAGUAUCUAAACAUGAAAAAUCAGCCUGUUGUCUUUACGGGUAGUGAUGAUCAUUGGUUUUAUGCCUGGAGAAUGCAAUCUUUCAAUCUAUCGGCAGAAGUGAGUUGCGCUGCUCCGCAUAGGAAAAAGAGGCUAAGCGGAAAUAUGAGCUUGAAAGGGCUGUUGAGAAUUGUUUCUAAUAAGAGUACGAAUGAUGAAGUCCUGACAGAAACCUCACGUCAAGGCGGCUCCAGCACGGCUACCUAUACAUCAAAAAAUGCCACUCAAACUCAAUCCGUUGGUGCUCAGGCUAUCAAAAAUAACCACUACGUAUCAUUUCAUGCCCAUAAUGCCCCCGUUACAUGUGCGUCCAUUGCUCCCGACGUUGCAAUCAAAAAUCUCUCUUUAUCAAACGAUUUAAUUCUCGAACUUACUUCACAGUAUUUUAAGGAAUUGAAUCAACAAAAUAUGGAACCCAAUGAAGCAAGUGAUAGCAAACCUAAUCGCCCUAUCAAAGAAACAGGAGGAUUCAGCUCAAAUCUAUCAAACGUCGUCAGUAACGUUGGAACUGUGCUUAUAACGACAGAUAAUCAAGGGUUAAUUCGUGUUUUUAGGACUGACAUCUUACCGGAAAUAAGAAAGAAAGUAUUAGAUAAGUACCAUGACUACAAUUUGUUUCACAUCGAUGCUGCUACUAAAAUAAACGGCCACAAUAAUGUUAAUAUACUGGAAAACGGAAUGGAUGAAAGAAGGCCGGCAGAAGAUGAUGAGUUCGGUACUACCCCAUCUUCAAAUAGACAUGACAGUAUACCGGGCCAUGAGUGCUAUGAGCAGCAUUCGAAUAAUAGCCCAGUGAUUUCUGGCAUGCCUUCACGAGCCAGCGCUAUUUUCAAAAAUUCCAUUUUUAAUAAAUCCAAUGGAAGUUUCAUAUCUUUAAAGUCAAGAAGUGAAAGUGCAAACUCCAUAGUAUUUGGACCGCAAGAUAUUCCGAAAGGUUUUACUACAGGCCCGAAGUUGAAAUGUGAUGUCUGCAAUGGAUCUAAUUUUGAAUGCGCAUCAAAAAACCCGAUUGCCGGCGGUGAUAGUGGCUUUACGUGUGCUGAUUGUGGUACAAUCCUUAACAAUUUCAGAUAA